CACUAAGCAUAUACCACAUACACCCCCAUACACCAUCAUGGACGGUCUCAGGAGUCUCCCGCACGAGCUGCUAGCCAUGAUCAUCGGAUACGCAGCGGACUGGGUCAGUCUCGAGAGUCUGAUUCUGACCUCGCCGCUGCUGGCCGCUCUCUUCGAGCCUGGGGAGUUCCCUGAUGCACUCGCCGACUCGGAUGCGAUCUACCUCUUUAAGGAGAUCCUGCAGGCUAAUCCGGUUAUGAACUCCGGACUAGACCGUUACGUCUUCAUGUGCGCCGCGCUCCGGCGGCCCUCUGUCACUGACAGCAGUCUGGCCGACUUUCUGGCCCGUGACUUCUCGCUCGAGACCACAAGAACGACAAUGACCCGCGCCUCGCUGCGGGAGAUGGUUGCUGUAGCGGCCAACAUCCAGCGCCUGGCCUGCAUCUGCCUGACCAGCUUUCUGACGCGGCUGCGAGACCUCUUUUCGAAAUACCUUGCCAAGGCCCGGAUACUCGGUGGUCUCCCGGAUGUCGGGCCGUAUCGGUUGCAGGACGUAGGCCCGCCCUCGUGGAUUGAAGAGUUUCGCGUCUACCGUGCCCUUUGGCAUCUACAACUUUUGGCUGAUCUAUUGAGUACGGGCACCGCGACCCCUCCUACUCCUCCUCAUCCCCAGCAAUCGAGCAGCUGGUCACAAAGCGAUAUCAUGUAUCUACAGAACCGUCAUCUGCGGUGGAGCGGCGGGGGACAGCUGCCCUCGGGACAAGAUGACGCCUGGUUUGAGAUUAUCGAGGUGUCGGGUUGUCUGGAGGCGCUUUACGGGCCCGACGAUGCCCCGGUCACCGCGAUGGCUCAGUCCGCCGACGCGAGUAGUCCACCCCAAAUCGAACCCCAAAGCAGCAUCAGGUACUAUACCAGUUUAUACAACCCGCCUCUCAUCUCGAAGAUGCCGGUGGCUUCCCGUGACACCGCCGUGUGGGCGCCUCCGGAGCCGCCCAUGCACCUCUCGGAUGAUGUACGAUGGUGGUGGGGCCAGGACCUUCGAGCGACCCAGGUUAAUGAUGCGCUAGAAGAUAUGCGGGAGGUUGAAUGGGAUUAUGUGGGUCAUUGGGAACGGGAGCGCCCAGCACUGGACGGGCUGGGCAUGUCGGUGUGGGAUCUCUGGCGAUUGUUCGGCUUGGGACUCUAUGACCGCUUGCACAUGGAACGGAAGACCUUUACCACGCCGGAUGGGGUGGAACAUCCCCGAGAUUUCUUGGAAACACGCUUUUGGCUCGUUGAAUAUCGUUAUAGACGUCUUCUGAGGAUGCAUGGAGUGCCGGAGUGGCAGUUAGGGCGUGUUUUUUCUAGCAAUAUUGGGUAA